AAUCGCAUGUAAACGCUCCCCAUUUGUUGUUUAUGUUAAUGCCCUUGAAAAGGGUAAAGCAGAGAGAUUGAAAAAACCUAACCCCAAAGAAAUCAAAUUCUUUUUCUUCCUCCUCUUUCCCAAGCAAUCUUCCAAAACCCUAAUCUCUUUUUCCCUUUCUUUCUGUUCAUACUCUCGAAUUUGAAUUUGUUGUUUGCUCCGGCCGGCGACGAAGGCCUCUUUAGGAAUUAGCUUCUGCAAGCGACAACCCGGAGACCAUGUCUGCUGUGGUGUGCGGUUCCAAGAGAUCCUUCUUUGAAGAACUCCCACCUUCGCCUCCCAUUGCCAAGCGCCUCCGUUGCUCCACUUCUACUUCUCCUAUUAGAUUCGCUGCUCCCUCUCAUAUUGAUCACUUACAGCAUUUGUUUCCUCAGAUGGAUCGUCAGCUUCUUGUGAGAGCCCUUGAAGAAUGUGGCAAUGACUUGGAUGCUGCUAUCAGAAGUCUGAGUGACCUGUGUUUGGGGUCUGCUGUUGAAAAUCCUGUUGCUUCUGCGGAACCAGAGACAAAUUUGGAUCAAGGUUCAAUCGCUAACAAUGGAGAGGUUGCUGCUUCCGAGAAUUCUUCAAGCAGUGUUUCUCUUGAUGGUAGAAAAUGGAUUGACUUGUUUGUUGUCGAAAUGACGAACGCUACCACAGUAGCUGAUGCUAAGACUCGUGCAGCAAGGGCAUUAGAGGCUUUAGAGAACUCAAUUACUGCACGUGCUAGUGUUGAUGCUGCACAAAAUUUUCACAAGGAAAAUAUGCAACUAAAGGAACAGAUUGAAUUACUUGUACGAGAAAAUACAAUUCUGAAGCGAGCAGUUGCAAUACAGCAUGAACGCCAGAAAGAAUUUGAGGAUAAAAAUCUAGAGUUGCAGCACCUUAAACAGUUGGUAGCUCAAUAUCAAGAGCAGCUCAGAACCUUAGAGAUAAACAAUUAUGCAUUGACAAUGCAUUUGAAACAAGCUCAACAAAGCAGCUCGAUUCCAGGCCGCUUCCAUCCCGAUGUCUUCUAGCAAACAAGAAUGUAAAGAACUAAGUUAUUGCUGGCAGAAAGAUCUAAAGUAGAGAGGAAAGGAGGAGGGAGAGCAGGGAGGAAUGGAGCAUGUUCAUUACCGUCUUCUUGGUUUCCUAUGAAUAGAGAAUAGGAGUACUGUGUGCUAAUCAGUGUGUUUGCUUAGUUUGAGUUUGGUCAUAUCAGUCAGCCUUGAAUGGUUUGAUUGCAACCACAGCUUUGUUGUGAAUUUUUAUUGUUUUCCCCUAUAGCUUUUAAUAAAAGGUUAUAUUCAACUUGAUGA